AUAACCAAGAUACUAUACCCAGUCACUGCAGCACUGCACUGGGCAUCAGCCUUUGGACCAGUGUGUCAGGAUUUUGUUCUACUUUUUUUAUUAAAAUGAUCUUUGCUGAGUAUCUGCUUUUAUCUUCCUUAGUGCUAGGAGUGCAGUUAUUUCUGCACCAGACUCAGCGGAUCCAGUUUGUUGAAGUUAAUGACUCCGCAAAGAUCCACUGUUCUUCCACAGAAAACCUGGAAGGAGGAAGUAGCAUGUUUUGGUAUUUGAGAAGAGAAGGCGAGAAACCCACCUGCAUUAAACACUGUUUGGAUGAUCAAAAUGUAGGUAAAUUUGUUUGCAAACACGAGACACACAGCUCGACGCUGGAAAUCAGCAACGUCCAGAAGACUGAGUCUGGCAUUUACUACUGUGCAUAUAGAUACAGCAGCUACCUGAUCUUCGGGAAUGGAACCACACUGAUUGUUGGAGACAGUUAUACCAACAGCAGCUGGGUGAUGCUUCUGGUCCCAUUUCCAUGGGGCAGUCAAGUCACUGGGACAGCGAAUCUGGCCUGUGUGAUUCAUGGAGUGUCCAGCCUAGUCCAUGUUUCCUGGAGUGUUUCUGGGGAGCUGCAGGAACAGCGGCUGACACACUCAUUGAAAGCAAAGGAUGGAUCUUUAACGCUCAUAAAUCACAUCAGCGUCCCCAUGGACACCUGGACCAGUGGGAAGAAUUUCACCUGUGAAGUCAAAUUCAACUCUUCUGGCACCAGUGUGAAGAAAAGUACCAGGUAUCUUACAGCUUCUUCCACAGUCCAUCCCAGCGGGUGUGUGCCACAGACAGUGCGCUACGCAGUGGCAAUUUUCCUGGUGGUGUUGAUGGUGUCUCUGAGCCUGGCCUGGAGUCACUGCUGUUCUAAUCCAGGUAAUCAGCACACUACAGUCCGUCCUGGGUGUGGAGACGUAGCAGCAGCCCUGUUAAUAGUGGGGCUGAUUUCUCAGAAAAUGACAAAAUUAGAAAACAGCUCUACCAUCCCUUCUCUUUGUCCUGACUGACCAUUUAUUCCUUCCGGCACUCCCGUAACACGGCAGUUCCUCCACAGAGACGAGUGCUGUAUUCAGCCAGGCUCUGAGCUUGGAACUGCUAUUGUAUCUGAUGGCUGAACACCCUAUUUCUAUCAUUUAUCAUUUGCAUUAUUGCACAGGGCAAACUUCUGCCUCAAAUAAGCAGGUGA